AGUUCCUCAGUUCCUGCCCCUCCUCUGAAAUCAAACUCCAUGUGACUCUUUUUCAUACUUUUGUUCUGUCACGAUCUGGGUUUCUGAUUUUCGUCACGCCUCUGAGCGUUUUAAGACUUUAUAAAGCGGGACGUGAAGGGGAAUCUGGACUCUGCAGAGCAUGGAGUCGUCGGUGGACUACUCGAAGGAUCGGGUCUCCUUCACUCAGACUAACCCGCUGUUUGACAUGUCGCUCAGCAGGACUGAUCUCUACAGUUUCCAGCCCGAUGGUGAGUGAAGAGAGAAAGCCCAGAUCGUUGAGGAGUGUGAGGGGAAUCAGGAGAGACAGAUUUACUCAAGUACAGAUCCAGUCAGGAAGGAAACUACAGAUGAGAACGCUCAGAAACUCAUGAUGUUCAGUUUAUCUGAUGGUAUGAGAUUAAAUGAGAUUAUUUUUGUCAUAUUUUGAAUUCAUUUUAACAGAUUAGAGCAAUUAAUCUGAAUCAAGUUAAUAUAAUAUAAUAUCUCCUGGAGGAUUUGGACCUUUAGAUCCAUCACUGAUUCAGAUUAACUCUGAAUGGUCUGAAACUAUUCGUUUGGAUCCCUGAAGUUAAAGGACAACAUGAGAACUUUUCAGGAGUUUCAUUCUGGUUAAUGUUUCUGUUUUUAAAAUAAAAAGUCCUUCAAACCUGAAACUUUUGUUCCCAGCUCAGAGUUCAAACCAAAGAAAGGUCGUCUGUUUGUUUGGACUCACUCAGAAAAUCUCUGAACUUCACUUCUGCAGGUCUGAGGCUCUUUUUCUCAGACCUGUUCGUCUGCACCUGUCUGUCAGAGGUAGAAGCUCAGACUCACUUCUGUCUGCAGGUUAUUUUGGAAAUGUCUGCGGGUUAUUUUCAUUAUGUCAUGUGCACAGCUGUGUCAUAAUGUGCCAUCUAAGUAGCAGCAGGAAGACAGGCGAAACCACAAUGAGCCUAAAAAACGUUUCAUUUCGUAAUAAUCGCUGAUAAAUCUGAAGAUUUUAACCACUAUGAGGAAUCAUGGGACUGAAUGAUUCAGGCGGAUCACAACAUCAUCAGAAAUACAGUUAAAGCUGCGUUUAGACGACCUCACAUGUUUCAGAGAGAAAUGAACAAACAGUGAAGAAGAAGAAGAAGUGUAAUCAUCAGAAAGUCUGACCCAGUUUGAUCAUGAGUGGAACCAGUAAGAGUUCAGUCUGACAAACACAGAACAAGAACAAGAAUAACAAUCAAACCACAAAAUCAAACUGAAAAACCAACACGAGCGGAUUUCAGCUGAAACAUGGAGCAACGAGGAAACAGCAGGAAGCAACGGAGCAACCGACCAAACCAACCGGACCGGACCAACCGACCAAGCAAACAAGAAAACAAUCAGCUCAGCAAGAAACCACACAAAUAACCAGCCAAGCAACCAACCAAACAGGCAACUAACCAACCAAUCCAACAAUGCAGCUCAGCAAGCAGGCAAACAAGCAACCAAGAAAAUAAGUGCACAGCCCACGAACCAACCAACCAAAAAUCAACCAACACACCCACCAACCAACCAACACACCCACCAACCAACCAACCAACCAACCAACCAACCAACAAAAAUCUAACCGAGCAAACAAGCAAACAAGCAGCCAAGCAACUAACCAAACAAACAGGCAACUAACCAACCAAUCCAACAAUGCAGCUCAGCAAGCAGGCAAACAAACAAGCAACCAAGAAAAUAAGUGCACAGCCCACUAACCAACCAACCAAAAAUCAACCAACCAACCAACAAACUAACCGAGCAAACAAGCAACCAAGCAAACCAGCAGCUAAGCAAGCAAACUAACAAGCAACCAACCAACCAACCAACAAAAAUCUAACCGAGCAAACAAGUAAACCAGCAGCUAAGCAAGCAAACUAACAAGCAACCAAUCAAGCAAACAAGUGACCAAGCAAACAAGCAGCUAAGCAAGCAAACAAUCAAGAAACCCAGCAAUCAAGAAACCAAGCAACCAAACAAGCAACCAAGUAAGUAUCUAAGCAACCAGCAAACAACUAAACAAGCAGCAAAGCAAGCAAACAAGCGUAAAACCAAACAAGCAAAUGAGCAAACAACUUAGCAAUUAAGCAAGAAACCAGGCAGCAAACGAACAAGCAACCAAGCAGAUUUACUCACAGGUUAGCAGCUCUGUCGGUCUGUUGAAGUCCGGUCUGAGGAGUCCGGUCUGUUGAAGUCCGGUCUGAGGAGUCCGGUCCGUUGAAGUCCGGUCUAAGGAGUCCGGUCUGUUGAAGUCCACCAUGUGUAACAGACGCUCCAACAGAAAGCCACUCAGUCCGAAAACUCUCCACAGAAGGUCCAGCACCGAUCACCGUCUCCAUAGGAAAUCACGAACCCGGAACACGGACUGUUUUUAGGAUAAAAUCCGCCCGAGGAAAACCGGCGUGUUGGUCAGAGCUCCGACAUCAACGUUUCCGGGUGGGCGGGUUCAAAUUUCGCGCUAAAAUUGUGGAGCUGUGGUUGGAUGAUGGGGUGGUUGUGGGCGUGGAAAACGGAAGGUAUGGAAGGUGUUCCAGACCAAAAAAGGAGAAGAGGAAGAAGAAGGUGAAGGUGUGUGAACAGAAGCUGAAGGUUUCCUCACCUCUUUAAGACCUCUCUGUGGACUGUGUUAAAAUAAUGUGGAUAUAAAUAUUUAAAUACUUAAUUAUAAAAAUGAUUAAGUUUAUUUCCUCUGAACUCCAACUGUGAGUUCAGAUCAGUGUCUUUAGUUCUGCUCAUCACCUUUACUGUGCACUAACUGUAACUCUGUGAUUGAACACUGUGACCACAAGGGGGCAGUAAUGUGUAAUUUUAGUGCCGAUCCACCAGAGCAGUCUGCAGACAGAAACAUGAGGGUUCAGCAGGAUUUCAGGUUUAUUGAUUUAUUUCACGAGGAGGUCAGAAACUGUUCAGAGAGAGUUCAGCAGACAGACAUAAAAACAAAGAGCUGUAAGAAAAACAGAAGAAGCAGAAACUCUGAUCUUAUAGAAGGACAGUGUGGGAUCAGGAAAAACGCAGACUUGGUCAUUUUCCACCUACUUUAAGUCUCUCUGGCGUUGAUGGCGUUGACCCGAACAUCUGAAUUUGGUGUCCAACUCAGCCGAGCUGGGCUCUCAACUUCUCCAGGGUGGUCUCCAACUCGCCAAGGCGUUCCUCAAUCACAACCUGCCUGUGACUGAGUUCACAUGAAGCUUCAUUUCUAUCUUCCUGAAACGACUUUCUCUAAAGUUUGCCGAUCACUCUCUGAAAAGUUGUUUUUAUAUUUCAGAUCUGAGGCCGGCGAGGUCCAGGAGACCGUGGUGCUUCUAUUUCAUUGUUGUUUACCUCAUCCUGCAGACCGGCCUCAACGCGUUCCUCAUCUAUAAAGGUACCUCUGUCUGCUGAUGGGGUUAGAUAUUAUAAUAAAGAUUAAACAUUAAUCCACAUGAUCAUCUUGUUCCUUUUGUUCACAGUUUUUAAGUUGGAGUCCUCGCUGUCGAACCCUCGUCAGGAGAAGCAGACGUCCAAUCACAUCACUCCAGACGGUCAGGAAGAAACCAACUUUGAGACCCUCCUUCGUAACAACAGUCAGGAAACCAAGGAUCUGAGGGGCCGCCUGGGGGUCCUGCAGACUAAGGUCCUCCUCCUCCUCUUCUCUGUCUGUGUUUAGGGGCUCUGAGUCCACUCAGGGUCCAGGUCUAUAGUCCUCAGAGGGGGGUUCACCUGGGUCAGCUGUGAAGUUUGUGGAUUUAUUUUACCGCCUCUAGCUUUAGCAUCACUCUGCUGGUUGUCAUGCCAACAGGUGGACGGUCUGUGCGGGGAUGAGGGUCAGCUGACCCGUCUGUCGUCUGGCCUGAACCUGCUCAACAGCACCACCCGGAGGCUGGAGGGGAGUGUGAGCAGCAUCAGCCUCAGACCAGGUGAGGUCAACCUCUGAGGGCGGAGCAAGGAGGGGACGAAGCUGAUAGGCUGAAACAGAGUUCCACUCCCAUCAGGGCAGAGAAGGCGAAGGGUGGGAACAUCAAAUUAAUUAAUUAGGCAGGUUAUGAAUAUUUAAUGAGUCAAAACAUAAACAAACGGUCAUAAAUCGAACAUAAACUAAUGAUCAAUCAGAGAAAGAGACAAUAAAUUUAUACAUAAGAAGAAAAGAAACAUGAACAGAACAGAGAAUGACGUGUUUAAGACGUGAUCAGAUGAAAUUUUAAUGAUAUUUUAAAGGAUUUGGGGGAUAAUAUUGAUUUUAGAGAUCCAUCCAGAUCAUUCUAGAGUUUCAGUCCUCUACAGUGAUGUUAGACCGAUCAAGAAGUUCGACAGGAAGGGAACUGAAGAUGGUGGUUUUGUCUUGCUGAGUACGGGUGAAGGUCAGAUGAGAAGGUUAAAAAGUUUCUGAAGGAGUCAGGAGGGUUUUUGUUUCUUAUUGAUGAACUUAUAGACAAACAAACAAACGAGAGUGAAAGACGAUCAGUUUGUGGAUCAGUAAGAUGGAGGAUUUAGAAAAGAGAGGAGUCUGCUGGAUCAAGAAAUCAUUCUGAAGAAUCUUUUCUGUGUUAAUCAUUUCUUUCUGCCGUCUUCAUGUUGUGUAUGUUCGUUUAUUAACUUAAUAUUUUACGUGUUUUUCUUUGUGUGGUCACUCUCAGGACCUCCUGGUCCAACAGGGGCGCGUGGAAAUCCAGGUUCACCGGGAGAGAAGGGUCCUAAAGGUGAGUCAGACUAAAUCAUCCAUCAGCUGAUCGACCUUCAGACGAAAACAAAUCCACGUUUGACCCGAGCUUCAUCAAACUCCUGACCUCAGAGUAGGGCUGGGCGAUAGGGGAAAAAGUUUAUGAUUUAUUUUUUUCAUAUCAGCUGAUAUCGAUCAAUAUCAGGAUCUAAAACUGUAACAGUGUUUAUUGGUCUCAUGUCUUUUCCAACACAAUAAUCUCCUGCAUCUGUGAGGUCUUUGUGUCUCUUUGGCGUUUUGUCGUAAGGCGUUGCUCUAGAGAAAGCCGACUGAAUGGUCGUCUGUUUCGGCUCCUCGCUCCUCUCGGGGUUUGUAACCUUUGGCGUUGCGCGUGCUCUGCGGCGUGGCGCUGCUUCAGGUGGUGAAAAAGAUUUGCGGUAUUCCCCGACUUUGUGAGAACAUGUACUCGACAUAAUUUACAGUCCACAUUACUCUGCUUCAUGUCCGACCUCCAAAAACCAAAAUACCUCCACACCACCGACGUUUUCCUAACGCCAGUGUUGUGGUUGACGAUGUCAUCUUUUAAUUGGGUAUUCGUAUAAUCUACCGAAACAUGGCAGAAUGACGACCUUGAAAAGCAUAUUGACCAUGUUUUAUGUUGAUAUUGAGGGGAAUUAAUAUCGAUAUAUACCAUUAUUGUUCUAUCGCCCAGCCCUACCUCAGAGCGCGAGUUUUCUGAGCGUACAGGUUUACCUCGUUAGCAUAAAGGCGCUCACAGCUUUCAGCUGCAGGUCCGUCCGCUGAUGAUCCCGGCGUUGAUGACCUGUCGUCUCCUGUCAGACGGCGAUGAGAAUCAGCUGAUGGAUGAGCUGCAGCCAUUAUUUCAUAUCCUCUCAUAACUUAGUCAAGGCAGCGCUGACAUUUCCUGAGUGAGAUCUCCAUCAGAGCUCAGACCUCAGAGUCUGAGACCGAGGUCUACACCUGUCCCCCCUCACCUGGACCUGGAGAGUACGGCUCAUACUCACACCUGUUGUUGUCUGUUUCCAGGUGCCAGCGGUGUUGCUGGACCAAAGGGGGACAUGGGACUGAAAGGAGAGAAAGGAGUCGCAGGUGAGUUUAAUGUAGAGAAAAUCAGUGAAAAUCAAAGAGUCAGAGUGAACGUAGAGCUGGAGAGGGAGGGUCUAACUGACAGAGACCAGCAGACCAUCAACCCUUUAUCUUCAUUUAGAUACCCAUGAGGUACUAUCUAGGUAUCAGCUCCUCCUCCUGGGGUCCAUAAGAAGACAUUAAACAUCUAUACAGAUUAAAAUGAUAAAAGUCCAAACAGGAGAAUUAAACAGGACGUUAAAAUCAGAACUGAAACAAGAAUUAUGAUGACGUUACACCAGUACAGUAUGAUUCUUUAUCAUACUGUACUAUUUUUUAAUUUAUAGAUUUAACUGUCGUUUGUUUUUAGAAUUUGAUCCAAAGACAAAGCUCUUUAUUUUAAUUAAGAAAAAGCUUAUUACGCCCGACCCAGUUAACAGCUGCUUGUAGUUCCUUAUCUAAAGCUCUUGACAGAUCCUUCACUGAUCUUGUUGGUAGAUAAACGGUUGUAUCAUCUGCGUACACAAACACUCGAGCUCGAUUUAAAACCAGAGAAAGGUCAUCGGUGAAUAUAGAGAAGAGGAGUGGCCCCGGGCAGCUUCCUUGUGGUACACCACAUCACAACUGUUUCAUAUUUAAAAAGCUCCUAUUAUAAAAUACACAAUACUUUCUGUUACACAGAUCACUUUAAACAGAUAACUUCAGAUUCAGGCUUAAACUUGUCUGUGUUUCAGGUCCACCUGGACCCUCUGGACCCCCAGGACCUCCUGGACCCUCCGGUAAGCUUCCAUUGACCCUCUUUAGAGUCGGUUCAAUGACACCCUUAAUUUAAUUUUAAUUUAAUUUACCUUCAGCAUGUCUUCAGUGUCAGGUUAGUGAAUUAUCGCGUCUGUUUCAAAUUGAGGUCUUCAAACUAAAGAGGCUGAAAAUCAGACUCAGAGACACGAACACAGAGACCAGGAUCAGGAUCACGUCUGUUCUUUAUCAGCAUAUUUAAGAGUUUGUUUGAAUGAAGUCUGAUCAUCAGAAUCAUAAUGAUCUUCCUCAUCCUGAGACGUCAUGAUGACCUCGGUGAUGUUUCCUGCAGCAGAGCCUCUCUGGUUUCACAUCAUGUUUCAGGCUCACAGAAGAUCCUCCAGGCUGUGAUUGAAAUCCUUUGAAACAUUAAACUAAUCAGCAGAUUUCACACAGACCUCAGUUUCUCUUCCUCCUCUGACUCGGUAUGUUUGCGGCGAUAUUGCUGACAUGUGGAUAUCUCCGAUGAUGAGUGACAGACGGGCGUUUGCACAGUUUGCAUUUCUGCAGCUGAACCACAAAAAUAAUAAACCAGGAGAUCAGCGUUAGUUUGAUUUCAGAACAUUUAGAAACCGAGCUUCAGGCGACCAGACUCAGAUCUCAGAUCAGCUGAUUCAAUGACUGAACCUGUUCUGUGUCCUGGGAUUCCAGGGAGUCAAGGACCUGGUGCCAAGGGAGAAAAAGGAGAUCCUGGGAUCCAAGGUGAGGGUUUUGAUUUUGUUCAAGGGGUCCUGCAAAGAUGCAAAGACACAGUGAGGCCCCCUCCGUGCAAAUCUGAAAUGAUUGAUUGAUUGAUUGAUUGAUUAUAAAUCAUGUCUGUUUCAUGCACACUUUUAUGGAUUUCAGGACCUGGAGGAGAAAAAGGCGACACAGGAGACAUCGGUUCAGCCGGUAUUUAAGUUCAUUUACAUUUAUUUUUAUUUUUGUAACUCAGCAGCUGUUUAACCCUCAGACUGAGCUGAAGAGAGAAAACACUGGAGCUGAGGAUUUAAAGGGAUAAUCCACCGUAAAACUAAUUAAGGGUCAAACCCACCGUAACACCGAGUUAGACCCCCCCUCCAGAGAUGAAUGUUUCCGACCUCUUGCUUCUCUAGUUAUACCAACUUUAGUAACGACCGCAGGAUAGUAAUACAGAGAGCCACGCCCUCAACCAAAACGCCACUCUAUAGCCACAAAUAAUGCUCAGAACAGCACCUAACUUCAUCAACAGGACAUAUAGGGUCACAGACAUAGUACUAGACACCAAACAUCUUUUUAACUUUGACUCAUUUCUUUAGCAAAGAGACUAAACACAACUCACCUACUCUCUUCCAGCAGACGCUUGUUUGUAGAGAGACCUCAGGCCAGUCCAUUACAGACUACAGCGGGGUGCCGCAGCUCAAGGAAGAACAUUUAUGAUAAUUUCUUCAUGGAAAUACAAUCAGACCGAGACGCUUAGACAGAAGAACUACAGCGUCUGUAAAAUGAUUAAUAUGGUGAUUAUUACUUCAAGGAAAUGAUAAAGAAAUGAUCAUAAAUGUUCUUCCUUGAGCUGCGGCACCCCGCUGUAGUCCAUGGACUACAGCGGGGUCCAAAGAGUUCCACCGCACACAACGUGGGCAGAAUGUAAACACGUCGUUCUUUUAACCAGUUAAUAAGUUUACAUUCUGACCACGUUGUGUUUCUUUUUAGGAUGUUUAUCUGAUGGUCUGAGCAGCAAUAACAGGAUCAAUGUGUGGUAUUGAUCAGAAAGACAUCAGGUUUGAUCAGUUAUUAGUCAGACUUGAACUUGGACUGAGUAAUUAAACCAAACGAGCUCUUCACCCCGAUGCUGGAGGACGAACAGCUGCUGACAGACCCGGUCCAAUUAAAGACCAAAUAUGUGACUCUGACUCUCUGCUGUCCUCCUCCAGGACCUCCUGGACCUCCUGGAGCAAAGGGAGACCAAGGCAGCAAUGGUCAACAAGGACUUCCAGGUGAGCCGCAGACUUAAACCUGAGCUGGGAUGAAACCAGUGAAACCAGUGAAACCCUGAUUACUGGCUGUUGUGAAUCUGUUUUGUGUUUUUGUGUUAAAGUAGAUCAGUCUGAGAGCAAAGAUCGGACCUCUGCUUUAACGAUCUGACUCUCAUCUUCUCAUGUUGGGUUCUCCUCCUCAGGUCCAGUUGGACCUCCUGGUUUUAACGGGACUGAAGGUCAGUUUGAGUCUCAGAGUUAAACUGAGACUCACACAGAUAUGUUUUAGCUUUUAAAGACCAUGUGACCGUUUGACCUUGAAUGUCCUUCCUCCUCAGGACCACCAGGACCACCAGGACCUAAAGGGGCGAGAGGAGACGGAGAGUGUAAGUCUUCAGAGGACCGACCUGAGAACAGCUCAGACUUUUGAACGUCCUCAAACCCACAGAAAGACAGACGGACAGACGUUCGUCACUAUUUCGGGUUUUAAAGUUUGUCAUUGUUUCGGCUUUUAAAGUUCGUCAUUUUUUCGGGUUUUAAAGUUCGUCAUUGUUUCGGGUUUUAAAGUUCGUCACUGUUCCAGGUUUUAAAGUUCGUCAUUUUUUCAGUUUUUAAAGUUCGUCACUGUUUCGGGUUUUAUUCCUCCGGUCGGAUAGCUGACCACGUUAGCGAACACAGAGGGCGGAGCCGUGUUCGUCUGAGGUCACAUGGUUGAAGUGACGACAGACUCCUCUUUUGUGUCGGCACAGUGAACGUACGUCUUAUCCCGGGGAGGUACCGCGGACGAGUGGAGGUGAAGUACAACGGCGUUUGGGGCACCGUGUGCGACGAUUCCUUCGACGCCAUGGACGCCACUGUGAUCUGUAGAAUGCUGGGAUUCCAGAGGGCCUCGACCACCUACACAGACGGCGGAGGUAUGAAGACACUUUUUACACUCCUUUAACUGUUCCAGACACUCCAGUUCAGAUCUCUGGAGUUCAUCGCAGCCCUGCAGCCAAUCAGAGUCCGGUAUUAAGACCCUGAAUGAACCGUCUAACGCUCUCUGCAGGUUCUGGGAGGAUCUGGCUGGAUGACCUGCACUGCACAGGAACAGAAGCUGAUAUCUUCGACUGCCGACACGGCGGAAUAGGCGUGAACAACUGUCAACACGGCGAGGACGUGGGAGUGGCCUGUGCUUAAACUGACGCCACCUGAAGACCUGAAAACGCCGAGGUUUGAGCCGGUCUGAAGGUUUCUGAGAACGAAGGGAGAAAAUGACCAUCAGGGAGUGAAUGUAUACAUACAUAUAUAUAUACAUAUAUAUAUAUAAGUAUAAAUAUACAUAUAUACGUAUAUUUGUGUGAGUUUGACUCUCCUCAGCCUGGACGACUGCAGACAUACCGAACAUUUCCACAGAUUUAAGGUCUCGGUGUUUUAAAGACGACGUCAGGAUGUGAUGAAAAUUCAGCUCUUCCUCGAGGAGACGAUGAUUUUAGAAUAAUCAGGUUUUAAUCCAGUUUGUUUCUCAUGAUUUAAAGGUGUAAACGCACAUUUAAAGACACUCAUCCUUCUUUUUUAUGAUCUAGUUUUAUAUUUUUGAAGUUUUUUGUUUUCCGAUGAAUGUUUCUGUGACAUGAAAAGUCUGUUCAUGAGAUUUUAGUUUUUCGUGUUGGGAAUUGUGAAAAGUUUUGUUUUUAUACGUAAUAAAAUGAGUUUGUGUCUCUAUCA